CAAACAACACAGAAGUAAGGAAAGAAAGCAAGAAUUUGAAGGAAGAGGGGAUAUGAAUACAAGGAGCUAGUUGUCUAUUUGCAAUAACAUAACAUCAUCAAGCAGGAUCAUCGAUCCAACCUUAGUAUUCAACCCAGAGAGAUUUGUAGUAAUAAUUACUACAACAACUUAAAACAAUGGCAGGAGGAGGUUAUGUAGAUUCGGGAAAUGCAAAGCAAUUUGAAGGGAAGGUCACUGCAUUCGUAUUGGUUACAUGCUUUGUGGCAGCCAUGGGAGGCUUACUCUUCGGUUAUGAUCUUGGAAUAACCGGAGGAGUGACUUCCAUGGAACCAUUUCUCAUCAAAUUCUUUCCCGGUGUCUAUAAACAAAUGCAAGAUGAUGUCGGCCAUAGAAGCCAAUAUUGCAAAUUUGACAACGAGCUCCUUACACUAUUUACCUCUUCUCUGUAUCUUGCUGCUUUAGUAGCUUCUUUCUUUGCUUCUUCCACCACAAGGAUGAUGGGACGCAAGGCCUCCAUGUUUUUAGGAGGUUUGUUUUUCCUUGUGGGCGCAUUGUUGAACGGUUUCGCCGUCAACAUCGAAAUGCUUAUCAUAGGCCGUCUCUUGCUUGGUUUCGGUGUAGGAUAUUGUAAUCAGUCUGUUCCAGUAUAUUUGUCCGAAAUGGCUCCUGCAAAGAUUAGAGGUGCACUUAAUAUGGGCUUCCAAAUGAUGAUCACAAUUGGCAUCUUAGCUGCAAACCUUAUCAACUAUGGAACAUCCAAACUAGAAAAUGGAUGGAGAAUUUCUUUGGGUACUGGAGCUAUUCCUGCAGUCAUGUUAUGUGUUGGAGCUCUUUUCUUAGGUGAUACACCUAAUUCCCUGAUUGAAAGAGGCCAAAAGGAAGAAGCUAAGAAAAUGUUGCAAAAGAUCCGCGGCAUUGACAAUGUUGAAGAGGAGUUGCAAGCUCUUAUUGAUGCAAGUGAGUCAGCUAAAGAGGUGGAGCACCCAUGGAAGAACUUCACACAAGCAAAAUACAGGCCUCAACUCAUUUUUUGCACCUUGAUUCCAUUUUUCCAACAACUUACUGGCAUUAAUGUUGUCAUGUUUUAUGCCCCUGUCCUUUUCAAGACUUUGGGCUUUGGCAACGAUGCUUCCCUUAUGUCUUCAGUUAUCACCGGAGGUGUAAAUGUGGUUGCCACUUUGGUUUCCAUCUUCACUGUGGACAAGGUUGGAAGAAAAAUUUUAUUCCUUGAAGGUGGUGUUCAAAUGUUUAUUUGCCAGAUUGCUACUGGAGUCAUGAUUGCUAUGAAGUUCGGGGUGAGUGGCGAAGGGUCAUUUUCUUCAGGAGAAGCCGACCUUAUUUUGUUCUUUAUAUGUGCAUUUGUUGCUGCAUUUGCAUGGUCAUGGGGUCCACUAGGAUGGUUGGUGCCUAGUGAGAUUUGCUCUCUUGAGAUUCGUUCCGCAGGUCAAGCCACCAAUGUUGCCGUAAACAUGUUGUUCACUUUUGCUAUUGCUCAAGUUUUCCUAGCCAUGCUUUGCCACUUGAAGUUUGGCCUUUUCUUCUUCUUUGCUGCAUUUGUGCUCAUCAUGACCCUCUUCAUUGCCCUGUUGUUGCCUGAGACAAAGAACAUCCCCAUUGAAGAAAUGCAUUUAGUGUGGAGGUCACAUUGGUUUUGGUCAAAGAUUGUUCCACAGGUUGAUAAUGAUCGCAAGCCAACUACUGCUCAGAGUUGAAUCAAGGAUGCCCAUUAUACUGUAUGUAUAUGUGUAUGUAUAUAUGUAUAUAUAUAUAUGUAUAUGUAUAUAUAUAUAUAUAUAUUGUAUAUAUAUGUGUGUAUAUAUAUAUAUAUAAGGACUGAAAAUGAAAAGAAAAAAUAGAGCUUGAGUCCCUAUGUAUCAAAAGAAAUGUUGAAUUAUUGAUUAAAAAAAUGAUAUUGCUUUCACUCACGAAAAUUUUAUUA